AUGUACGCCGGGACGGGAGAGAUAUCUGACCGCUUUGGAGACAUGGAUGUUUCGCCACAUCUUAGUCUCCUAACGAGCGUGAUCUUUGGUUGCGUUUUCUUGUUUUCUAUUUGCAGCUUUCUUGCCGUUUUUGAUCGCGAUGUGGACCCACACUUUGAGAAGUGGUGCGCUUCUUUUGACGACAAUCUGAAGGGUGCGCUCUUCGCGGCAGAGCGGAACUCGCGCAGUAAGGCGUCGAUGCUGAGGUGGGAAUGGGACUGCAUCAUGGGAAAGAUCCCGCAUCAGAGUGGCUUUCACUUUUACAACGUGCAACGAUUCCAGUAA